CAGCCCGUGCAGCUGUGGCCAACAACAACAGUCUGAACCGUCUGCGCUAUCAUUCCAAGAUGGCGGACCUCCUAGGUUCAAUCUUAAACUCGAUGGAAAAGCCUCCAACUGUCGGCGACCAGGAGAGCCGACGAAAGGCUCGAGAGCAAGCAGCAAGACUCAAGAAGAUGGAGGAAGAGGAGAAAAGAAAGAAAGCAGAGUUCAGGAAAAAGAUGGAGAAAGAGGUGUCGGAUUUCAUCCAAGACAGUUCGCAGCAGAAACGAAAAUACAACCCUAUGGGGAAGAUCGAGAGGAGUAUAUUGCACGAUGUCGCAGAAGUGGCUGGUCUGACUUCUUUUUCCUUCGGGGAGGACGAGGAGAGCCGUUAUGUAAUGCUUUUCAAGAAGGAGUUUGCGCCAUCAGAUGAGGAGCUGGAAGCCUAUCGCAAAGGAGAGGAGUGGGAUCCCCAGCUGGCCGAGCAACGGAAAAGACUAAAGGAACAGGCUGCAUUGGAAAUAGAAGCAUCCAGUCAGACAAAGAAGUCAGAAGUUCCCAACUCCAACUACAGAGAUAAAUACAGUCACCUGAUUGGCACCUCAGCUGCUAAAGAUGCUGCGCAUACACUGGAGGCCAACAGGGCUUAUGGCUGUGUGCCGGUGGCCAACAAGAGGGACACUCGCUCCAUAGAGGAAGCCAUGAAUGAAAUCCGAGCGAAGAAACGGCAGAAGCGAGAGGACGACACAGGGGCACACAGCAGCAGUUCUUGAGUCUCCACUGCUUUGUCCACUGUUGUGUGUGUGUGUGUGUGUGUGUGUGUGUGUGCGUGUGGGCGCAUUAGUGUGUCUGUUUGAACACUCUUAAUUCAUUCUGUAAUGCAAUAUCCUUUACUUCAGACAUUUAAAGUUUAACUUAUAUGACAGGCAAUGAAUCUAGUAUAUAUGCCACUCUUUGUGCUGCAAUCAUGAAAUCCUGUGAGGUGGAAGAUUCUCAGGUGUGUCUGAUCUGAUCUAGGAGGUGGGUUACUACAGUAUAAAUGUUUAUUUAACAUCAGCCCGUGACGUGCUGUCAGUUAUCAAGCUUCUCACACACGUGAUUGGACUCUAUACAGUAUAAGAAACUUUUUUGGGAUUUAAAUAAAAAAGUGUCUUGAUGUUCGGCCACGUAAAAA